AUCCAUAUGAAACAGUUUGCUUUUGAUGGUGCUGAACACACUUUUCUCUUUUUGCUGUUCUGGUUGAAUUUUAUAGCCAACAUGAGUAAUGGAGAUCAUUUUGUCGUAGUGCAAACCACAGAGGCUGGAGCUCCUUUGUUGUCGGUGGUUCCACAUCAGUGGGUUCGUGGGAAUGUUCUGUUGUGGCCUACCAAAAAUGCGAACAGCUUGUGCAAGGAUGCUUCCUCGAAGCCAGCCGCUUCUUGGAGUAAACUUCCUUGUGUAGUCAAACGGAAACAUAUUGCAACUUAUGCAGCAGCGGAGCAGCAAGCAGCCGACCUGUCAGGAAUGUCAACAGACGUAUCGGACUUCGCACCACGGAAAAAAACCAAAAAGAAUCCGAGAAUACAUUUCCUGCAAUCACAACAGCCAACGGCCGAACAGUAUUUAAACGCGUUCAACUCUGGAAAAGAGAAUGUUACAUUUUCUCCUAAUGUAAUCAGCCAACCUUUUGCAAUGCAUCAUAGACAACCGUUGCAAAACGUUCUACAAGUACUUGACAAUGACACAGUCAGCCAAUCACUUCAGCCAUCUCAAAUACCUUCCCUAAAUAGCGAAAAGAUCGUACAAGACAUAUCAAAGAAAAUUGAAGAACAAUGUGCGAAAACCAAAACGGAAAUCGUUAAUACUAUUGAGGUAUUGCUGGCGAGAACAGUAGCUGCAUUGAAAAGCGACUUCGAUGUCAAAAUAGCAGCUGCAUUCCGUUCACAGGCAAACAAUAUUGUAGACAACCAAAACUUUACUUUCUCACCAGCGGCAUCAAUCGAAGAUAUUAAACAAUUAGAAAAGAAUUUGACUGAUGAAACUUAUACUGAUAAACUUAUGGUCUUUAUGCAUAAAGUAAUUGGUCAUACUGGUGACAAUUGUAACGGUCAAAAUAUGUGCUAUGCUUUGGUCGACCAGUUCUUCGAGCGUAAUGUCAUGUUGAAUUGCUCAUGGAGCGGGGGAAGCAAGAGCAAUAUUCCGAAGUUUGCAAUGAAAGAUUGCAAAAAUAUUUUAUGUGUUUUCUUCAGAAUCGUUCAUAACGUUAACCCUACCUUUUCGAAAAAACUCCUGGAAAAUUUUUUCAAGCAGGUGUUGCGAAACUCGAAAACACGUAGUCAAGCAAAAGGCUUGCGCCAACCAACGAUUCAUCGGAGAGGUAAACAAAAAGCGAAGAAAUGUGAUAAAGAAACGAACAAUAUUAACAAUUCCCUGACGGAAAUCCUGAAAAUUGAGAAUCACGUUUUGAAUCUGAAUGAAAUUGAAGAAGAAGAUGGCGUUCAAGAAUACGACAAGAAUAAUCCGCUUGAGGAAUAUGAAAAAGAGGAAAUUUGUGAAAAUAUCGGAGAAGAUGUUGAUACCGAUGAUGCUGACGAUGAAGACGGCGAUGAAAUUGGAACGGAAGAUGAAGACAGCAAUGAAGUCGAAGAUAAACAAGAAGAUAAUCUAGCCAUUUAUAAAAAUGAGAUAGUAAUGUAAUUUUGAUAAUUCUCAUAUAGCAUAAAUUAGAAGUUUUAAUGUGUUACUUUUAUUACAAAUUUCCUGAAGUUGUUUUUAAUGUAAAUUUGACAUGUUUGCUCGCUUAAAAUACAUAUGUUUCUAGGAA